AGAUGGCUAGACUUUAGAUCAGUUUAUUUAAAUGAGUUCACUCAUGCGGCAACAAUAGUUCCCUUGUAGAUGGAAAUGAAAUAGUUGAAAUAAAACAUACAUUAUCGUUUGCAAUUUGCUUAGAUGUUUGUUGAUAUAGAUUUGUUUUAUUACGUUUUUAAAACAUGUCUGCAUAUUUGAAUUGAGGAAUCCAUUUGAGAUUAACUCUGUUUGACAGUCUAAAGGGAACAAGUAUUGAACAUCAUUCCGCUGCUAAGUUCUGUCUUGUUGAACAAAAAAAAUAUAUUUAUGCGUUAUUUCUCAAUAUGCUAACUUUGAUUUAUUGAAUUUGAAGCGCUCGGUAACACCGACACCUCUGGAAAAAAACGUAUUUGUGUCCAUGUCAGUGUCAGACACCGACAUCGACACGACGCCGACACUUGUGAUUAUAUUUAAUUUAUUCAUUUUUCAAAUUAUUACGGUGUUGAUGUGUCGAUGUCAUAUCCAAUGUCCAUGCUUCAUAGAAGCCUAAAGAUUGAGGCAAAGUAUGUCUCUGAAGGAAGCAAGGAAAUCUUGAAAAAGGUUGAAAUUUAUGGUUUGAGCCUCUACUGAAAUUGAGAUCCAGGCUGAUAGCAUCUGAAUAUUGAGUGUUGUAACAGAUUCCAUGCCCGUUAUGAAAAAGAAUUCUGAGCAUAAUCGUUUUGAAGCUGUAUUCAACAAGCUGCUGAGCCAGAUUGGGGAACCUGUUGACUUUGAACUUCCAGAUUGGAUUAAGAUAAGGACAACACAGUACACCCAUAUAAAGCGCAAUAUAUAUGUCACUAAGAAGAACAAGAGAAAGUUUGAUGAUGGCAUAUUCUGCUCCUGCGAAUCUUCACCUGACUCUACUAGUUUAUGUGGUAGAGAUUGUCAAUGCGGGAUGCUUCUGUCAUGCUGUUCUUCAGGCUGCAAAUGUGGGGUCUCGUGUCUCAACAAAGCUUUUCAGCAUCGCCCUGUGAAAAAGCUGAAACUGGUUAAGACUGAGAAAUGUGGCUCCGGAGUUGUGGCGGAUGAAAAUAUCAAGCUUGGGGAGUUUGUCAUCGAAUAUGUUGGAGAAGUCAUCGAUGAUAAAACAUGCGAACAGAGGCUUUGGAAUAUGAAAGAUCGCGGGGAAACAAACUUUUACUUAUGUGAAAUCAAUCGAGAUAUGGUGAUAGAUGCAACAUAUAAGGGAAACAAAUCACGAUAUAUCAAUCAUAGUUGCUGCCCGAAUACUGAGAUGCAGAAAUGGAUAAUAGAGGGUGAAACAAGAAUCGGUAUAUUUGCAGCUCGUGACAUAGAGAAGGGCGAGCAUCUGACUUAUGACUACCAGUUUGUUCAAUUUGGUGCAGACCAAGAUUGCCACUGUGGAGCUAUACAGUGUAGGCGUAAGCUAGGUGCACGGCCUACCAAGCCUAAAAUGUCUUCAGAUGCUGCAUUAAAAUUAGUUGCAUAUCAGGUUUGUCAGAAUGGAGGCUUGCAAAUUGGUCAAAUUGGAAGUUCCCGGGUGGUUGAGCAAUCAAAAUGCUUACACAAUUGUGUCGAUGAAGUCAUCAUGAUUAAACAACUUGGAAAUGUCAGAUUUGGGAUUAUUAAAUGGUUUGAUGAAUAUACCCGCAAACAUAAGAUCAUGUUUGAGGAUGGUUGUGUUGAAAUUCAUGACAUGUCAAAAGAAAAUUGGGAACUAGUGAGAUUGUGAUGCAACAACUAAGCAAGAAUCACUUCCAUGUGAAGGAAGUGAAAAUCGGAGAAAUUAUUCUUUCAUUGCAUGUUCAUAAUUUUUGUAUCAAAAUAUCAAACAGAAUCCGAAGAUGGAUACAUCGAUACAAGUCUCCCCGAAUGAAAUUUGAAAGUAGUAAUAAUAACUUGUUUAGUUUUUCUUAUGAAUUCAAAGUACUGGAAUUAAUCACUAUAUUCUAUGCAAAUCCUGAUUGUACUGUAAAAUGAGGACCCGUGGUUCUUCAUCUACAGGGAUUUUGCAAUUGUUGUAUCAAAUGUGUUUUUUCUUUUAACCAUUUUUUAGUAUAUAGAGUUCCUGUGGGGAGAAAAACAUGAUUUUUUUGGUUUGUAUUCAAUAAAGAGGGAAUUUUUGUA